AUGGUGUUCGUCAAGGUUGUCAAGAACAAGGCCUACUUCAAGCGCUACCAAGUCAAGCCGAAGAGGAGACGUGAGGGAAAGACCGACUACUACGCCCGCAAGCGCCUCACCGUCCAGGACAAGAACAAGUACAACACGCCCAAGUACAGGCUCAUCGUCCGCUUCACCAACAAGGACAUCAUCGCUCAGAUCGCCUACGCUCGCAUCGAGGGUGACAUCGUCGUCGCCUCCGCGUACGCCCACGAGCUCCCCCGUUAUGGCAUCAAGUACGGCCUGACCAACUACGCCGCCGCUUAUGCCACUGGUCUGCUCCUCGCUCGCCGUCACUUGAAGAAGAUCGAGCUCGACAAGACCUACGAGGGCCAGAAGGAAGUCAACGGCGAGGACUACAACGUUGAAGAGAGCGGAGACCGUGCUCCCUUCAAGGCUGUCCUCGAUAUCGGCCUUGCCCGCACCACCACUGGUGCCAAGAUCUUCGCCGUCAUGAAGGGAGUCGCUGAUGGUGGCAUCGAUGUGCCCCACUCCGAGACGCGCUUCUUCGGCUUCGACGAGGAGGCCAAGAAGUACGACGCUGAGGCCCACCGUGGACGCAUCUUCGGAGCCCACGUUGCCGACUACAUGCGCACACUGAAGGACGAUGAUGAGGAUGCCUACAAGCGCCAGUUCUCCCGCUUCAUCGCUGCCGGCAUUACCGCCGACGGAAUCGAGGGCAUCUACAAGAAGGCCCACGACGCCAUCCGCGCCAACCCCGAAAACGUCAAGUCCGACAAGAAGAAGCCCAGCCCCCAGAAGCGAUUCGGACCCAAGCGCCUCACCUACGACCAACGCAAGAAGGCCGUCGAGGACAAGAAGAAGCUGCUCCUCAACCUCAAGGAACAAAUGGAAGCCCAAGAG